UGCAAGAUCAGUUGUAUUAGAAUCAACAAAACUAACGAGACGUAUUUGAAUAUGGGAACUGAAAAUGUUAAAGUUAGUUCUCGUCCGUCUGAAAUUAGUAUUGCUAAAAUUGCUCAGGAUUUAAUAAAUGCAGAAGAAGACUCGGAUCAAUCGCAGGCGGAAAUAAACACACAACUGGCGGUCAAUGCUACGGGCUUCGGCAAAUUCAACUACAAAGUUACUAUUGUGAGUGGUUUGACGUGUAUGAACGCUGGAAUUGGAAUAAAUAUAUUAGGACUAAUUUUGCCAUCAGCAGCAUGCGAUUUCGAUAUGUCAACUGUCGACAAAGGUCGAUUGAACACGGGUUUUAUAUUUGCGGGCUUUGAUUGUCUUGCUUCGCUGAUACCCAAUUACUGGGGUGUAUUUGUCUGUAAAACAAUCGUUGGAUUUGCAUUAGGCGGACAAAUGGCAACUCUUUAUACUUACGUCGGUGAAUUCCAACCAGCGAUUUACAGAAAAAAAAUAUUAUCUACAAUGGAGAUACCUGUUGUUCUAGGAAUAAUUGUCGCUUCGCUCUUUGGUUGGAUAAUAGUUCCAAUUACUAUCGACGUUGACUUCGGCGGAUUUUUCUUCCAUUCGUGGAACCUAUUUGUGAUUGUUUGCUCAAUUCCAACUUGGAUCAUCGGAGUGUGCCUGUACUUCCUACCCGAAACACCAAAGUACUUGUCGGAAUUCGGAAUGGGAGAGGAAUUAUUCCGAGUGUUAUCAAAAAUUUACUUUGAGAACACCGGGAAAUCUCCAGACGAGUAUCUUAUUGAGCUCAACAAGUGCGGAAUAUCAUCAGUCUCUCAAUUAUUGAACAUGGAAGCUGAAGAGAAGUUGAAUGAAAGCAAGCUUACAAAGCUGACCAACAUGCUUUUCCAACAAACUGGAAUUCUUUUGAAGCCACCAUUUUUGGGACGUACACUGGUCGUCUGUACGAUAAUGUUCAGCAUUUUUUCAUCAAUGUACACGUUGAUGAUGUGGUUCCCGGAGUUGUUUGACAGAUUCGCAGCCUUUGAAACAGCUUUUCCAAAUGAACAUGCUUCUGUUUGUCACUGUCAUAAAGAAAUAAAUACCCAAGUUUAUGUUCAUACGUUGAUCUUGGGCGUAGCUUCAGUUCCAAUCGCAGUGCUUUUUCCAAUGUUUGUCAAUCGGAUUGGAUUUAAAAUUUCACUGGCCGUUGGUAUGGUAAUUUGCGCUGCUUCAACAGUUGGAUUAUUUUUUGUACGUUCUUCUUUAGAAAAUCUGGUGUUGUCUUCCUUGUUCGAAGCUCUUAUUUCAGUGUGUUCCACUGUUAUUUGCUGUGUUGUCGUUGAAAUAUUUCCAACUAAAUUAAGAGCGACGGCAGCGGCACUUGGUUCUCUAUCUGCGAGAAGCGGUGCUCUGAUUGGUAACACAGCAUUCAGCUAUCUUAUCGACCACUAUUGUGUAAUACUAAUUUCUUGUUUGACUGGUCAACUGAUAGUUGGCGGUAUAAUGUCAUUGUUUCUACCGAAUCAAAAAAAAGAACACACGCCGAAAAAAAAAAUUUCCGAGGUUAACUCUCAAGCGGCUCGACUUCCUGGCCGACGGAGGUGCAGACUUCGAACAUGCCAUCACCGUCACAGGUUUUGGCAAAUUCCACUACAUGCUGUUGACAAUUUGCGGUUUGAUUUACAUGGACACAGCAAUAGGAGUAACAAUAAUAUCAUUCGUUCUACCAGCAGCGCAAUGCGACCUUCAAAUGGAUUCGACAUCCAAAGGAUGGCUCACAGCCUCCCCCAUGUUCGGAAUGGUGAUAGGAUCAUACUUCUGGGGGUGCCUGGCUGAUACAAAAGGUCGAAAAAUAGUGUUGAUUGCAACGUUAAUGAUGGAUGGAAUUGUCGGAAUAAUUUCUUCUUUUGUUCAACACUUUUGGGCUUUUUUGAUCUUCAGAUUUUUCAACGGAUUUGCGAUAACUGGAGCAAUGGGAAUAUGCUUUCCUUACCUGGGAGAAUUCCAGCCUACAAAGUACCGAGAGAAAAUUUUAUGCUGGAUGGAAAUGUUUUGGACAAUCGGUGUCAUCGCACUGCCGUUGAUUGCUUGGUUAAUAGUCCCAUUAGACUUUAAUUACACAUCUGAUUCGUUUUACUUUAAAUCGUGGAAUCUCUUUGUUGCUUUGUGUGCAUUUCCCUCGCUGACACUCUCGCUCUGGCUGUUUGCCUUUCCUGAAAGCCCCAAAUUUCUUCUGGAAUGCGGCGAGACUGACAAAGCAUUAGAAGUAUUCAAAUGGAUUUAUUCCCAAAAUACUGGACAAGAUAUGGAGUCGUAUCCUGUAAAAUCAUUGCAAGAAAAAGCAACUUCUAAAGAUAUAAGCACAAGAACUUUGAGAUUACACAAGCAUAAAGAACUGAAAGUUCUUUGUUCAGAGGUUUGGGGGCUGACAAAAUCUCUAUGCAAGCCUCCUUAUUUGCGUAAUACUCUUCUGGCUUGUGCGAUACAAUUCGGACUUACGAGCAGUUAUUAUACACUUAUGGUGUGGUUUCCAGAGUUAUUUACGAGGUUUGAAGAAUUUGAAGCUGAACAUCCUGGAGAAACAACAUCAGUUUGUAUAGUUUCAUCGAUUCCACAAAAUACUACCGCUUCAUUUGAUGUUUAUGGCUGUGAAACGGUAAUAACGUCUGAUGUAUAUCUUCACACUGUCUAUAUCGGGCUUGCUUGCAUACCAGGAUCUAUUAUUCUUCCAAUUUUUAUUCAUAAAGUUGGUGCCAAGCUUUUCAUCAUCGUUUCAUUGAUAAUUUCUGGUGCUGUAACAAUUGGAUUUUACUACGUAGUUAAUUCGGACCAAAAUCUUGUUUUAUCAUGUUUAUUUGAAGCACUUACCUCUCUGGGAAUUUCUCUUGUCUACUGUGUUAUUGUAGAUAUGUUUCCAACUAAUUUAAGGGUAAUGGCAGCGGCAUUGUCUCUUACCAUGGGAAGAUUGGGAGCGCUUGUUGGUAAUUUAGUAUUCGGAUAUCUUAUUGAUCUUGCGUGCAUUGUACCAAUCGCACUCUUCGCGGCAUUUUUAUUCGUUUGUGGUUUUCUUGCAAUUUUAUUACCGCGUACUGGUAAAGAAACGUUGGAUUGA